GUUUGGUCAUUACGGGCGCGGAACUGAAUACAUAUCUGUGUUAUCGAUUUGUUGAUACUGUCUACAUUAGUAUUCAAAAGUAUGUCAGUCAUGUUCAUUGCUCGCGUCCCGGGUUACAAAUUCUACAUCGGGUGAAAUUUCGCAAUAACACUUUAUAAUACGUUAACGUACGUUGCUGAUUCAGUAAUAGUCAGGUGGCUCGUAGACAACCAGGAAGGUUUUUGUGACUUGUAUUAUAUACAACCUGUGUACGGGGGCUCUCUGCAUUUCACCACCUGGCAAAUAAAAUGGGAAAACUUAAGACAUUCAUGGUAACGUUAGCCAACACCCAUGCUGUGUUUUACAGUGGGCAAUUUAUAGAUGGACAAGUCAUAGUUGAAUUGAACGAAGAAAUGAAGAUGCGUGGUAAGGAAUUCGUAUAAAGUUUGAAGGGCACGCACAUGUUCAGUUUAGAGAUCGUGUUUCCGAACACCACGUUGGUGGUCGGAAGCACGGCGCCAAUCACGGAGGAGGACAUACUGAAAUGAGAACGUUUACUGGGAACGAAAGUUACUUCGAGCAUGUGGUGGUUAUCGUUGGCAAAGGUCCUGGACAGUCUGGCGAUGACAUGGUUUUACCCGCAGGACAAUAUGUCUAUCCAUUCAAUUACCAACUCCCUGCAGGAUUACCAUCAUCUUUCGAAGGUGAUCAUGGACGUGUAAGAUAUUCUUUUGUUGGGGUCAUCGACAGACCAUGGAAAUUUGAUCACACUUGUAAAGGAGCUUUUACUGUAGUAGAUCCACUGAAUUUAAAUAUGGAGCCAACAGCAAUGCAACCAGCUGAAGGACGAAAUAGUAAAACUUUAGGCUGUCUGUGCUGUACGACUGGUCCUAUCAGUGCCGUAUUUAGACUUGGAAGACUUGGUUAUGUACCUGGAGAAUCAAUCGGAUUAUAUGGUGAAGUUAAUAAUGGGAGCGACAGAUUAAUAACCAGUUCAUAUAUAGAACUAAUUAUGACAGUUAAUUACCACGCCAGAACUCGAAGUAAGAGUGUUACAAAAUCAUUAGCUAGAGUGCAGCAUGGGUCCAUCGAUGGUGGGGACACGGAUGUUUGGAAUGGUGAUUUGUUACACAUACCGCCUUUACCACCAUCUGGAUUAAGAGGGUGCCGGAUUAUUGAUAUACAGUACACAUUAUCAUUGACGGUAGACCCUUCUGGUCCAUCUAUGGACUUGGUGGUUCCUAUAAAUAUUUUAAUUGGUUCCAUACCUCUACAAGCAGCUGUAGCACAAUAUGGACCACCAGCACCUAUGGGACCACCAUCUGAUGGCAAUAUACAAAAUCUUCCAUCAACUGUCCCCUCCGCACCCAGUAUGCCACCACCAUCCUAUGCAGAAAGUGCACUUGGUAAAGUAGAUAUUCGGACAGAAAACGACAAUGAACACACGCGUGGAAACAUGGAGUUUGCACCUGUUUAUACCUAUUAUAACUGGAACCGACAAACUCAAGACAAUACACGGACGUAAUUGUAUUCCAAAUGAACUUGAGCACGUGUAUGAAGUUUAAUAACAAAUGAACAUGAACAUGUGUAUGGCGUGUAACCACAAAUGAGCUAGAAGACGUGUAUGAAGUUAAAUAACAAAUUAACAUAUUUUCACUAUUUGCAUAACCAGUUAGAAUCAACAUAACACAAAAUUCCAGGUGUUUUUUCAUUUACUAAUGCAAAUUAUUUUCUGGGCCGGGGUAUUUAGCAGUUACAAUACGGGUAAUCGUUUAAUACACUACCAGAAAGUAUUUCUCUAUUACUUUUUCAAUAUAUUAGUUAUUCACUUCCCUGGCACAUUAAUAAUUAU